AUGCAUUACUCGGUCUUAUUGUUUCUCGUCGCCUUCAUCGGCUCAUCAUUUACAGCACCUGCUCAACCACAAUCAAGUGUUUUAGCUAAACCUAACUCGUGGGACUCGAGUGGCAAUGGAAAUCCAGUAAAAAGCAAAAUUUCAGUGACUUUGUAUACAAGAUAUCUCACUGGUAAGCUCUUUGGCUCCGGAUACAACACACUGGUUCCUCAUGGAAUUCCAAUCAACAAGUUACUCACGUUCUCUGUGGCUGUGAACACAACAACUGGAUUUUAUCCACCGAAUUACACCUAUUCAACUGGUUAUGGCUUCCAAACAUUCAUCGAUUCGACCUAUGUUCACAUCAAUCCAACAAUCAACAACGCUCAAAACGUGUAUUUGAAACCGUUUCUUAUUUAUAUUGUCUACACGAGCUAG